CGCGAGGGACGGCCGCGAUGCGCUCGGCCUGAGGCUACCCGGCCCGGCCCUUCCUCGCUUCCCUUGACUAUUCCACGGCGUCUCCGCGCCCCGGCGUCAUCCUGCGAGUCCCUCUGACGGGAGGGAAGAUGGCUGCACGGAGCUGGCAGGACGAGCUGGCCCAGCAGGCCGAGGAGGGCUCGGCCCGGCUGCGGGAAAUGCUCUCGGUCGGCCUAGGCUUUCUGCGCACCGAGCUGGGCCUCGACCUGGGGCUGGAGCCGAAACGGUACCCUGGCUGGGUGAUCCUGGUGGGCACGGGCGCGCUCGGGCUGCUGCUGCUGUUUCUGCUGGGCUACGGCUGGGCCGCGGCUUGCGCCGGCGCCCGCAAAAAGCGGAGGAGCCCGCCCCGCAAGCGGGAGGAGGCGGCGGCUGCGCCGGCUGCGGCCCCCGACGACCUGGCCUUGCUGAAGAAUCUCCGGAGCGAGGAACAGAAGAAGAAGAACCGGAAGAAACUGUCCGAGAAGCCCAAACCAAAUGGGCGGACUGUUGAAUUGGCUGAGGGUGAAGCUGUUCGAACACCUCAAAGUGUAACAGCAAAGCAGCCACCAGAGAUUGACAAGAAAAAUGAAAAGUCAAAGAAAAAUAAGAAGAAAUCAAAGUCAGAUGCUAAAGCAGUGCAAAACAGUUCACGCCAUGAUGGAAAGGAAGUUGAUGAAGGAGCCUGGGAAACUAAAAUUAGUCACAGAGAGAAACGACAGCAACGUAAACGUGAUAAGGUGCUGACUGAUUCUGGUUCAUUGGAUUCAACUAUCCCUGGGAUAGAAAAUACCAUCACAGUUACCACCGAGCAACUUACAACCGCAUCAUUUCCUGUUGGUUCCAAGAAGAAUAAAGGUGAUUCUCAUCUAAAUGUUCAAGUUAGCAACUUUAAAUCUGGAAAAGGAGAUUCUACACUUCAGGUUUCUUCAGGAUUGAAUGAAAACCUCACUGUCAAUGGAGGAGGCUGGAAUGAAAAGUCUGUAAAACUCUCCUCACAGAUCAGUGCAGGUGAGGAGAAGUGGAACUCCGUUUCACCUGCUUCUGCAGGAAAGAGGAAAACUGAGCCAUCUGCCUGGAGUCAAGACACUGGAGAUGCUAAUGCAAAUGGAAAAGACUGGGGAAGGAGUUGGAGUGACCGUUCCAUAUUUUCUGGCAUUGGGUCUACUGCUGAGCCAGUUUCUCAGUCUACCACUUCUGAUUAUCAGUGGGAUGUUAGCCGUAAUCAACCCUAUAUCGAUGAUGAAUGGUCUGGGUUAAAUGGUCUGUCUUCUGCUGAUCCCAACUCUGAUUGGAAUGCACCAGCAGAAGAGUGGGGCAAUUGGGUAGACGAAGAAAGAGCUUCACUUCUAAAGUCCCAGGAACCAAUUCCUGAUGAUCAAAAGGUCUCAGAUGAUGAUAAAGAAAAGGGAGAGGGAGCUCUUCCAACUGGGAAAUCCAAAAAGAAAAAAAAGAAAAAGAAGAAGCAAGGCGAAGAUAACUCUCACGCACAGGACACAGAAGAAUUAGAAAAAGAGAUUAGAGAAGAGCUUCCAGUGAAUACCUCUAAAACCCGUCCAAAACAGGAGAAAGCUUUUUCCUUGAAGACCAUAAGCACUAGUGAUCCAGCCGAAGUACUCGUCAAAAAUAGCCAGCCUGUCAAGACUCUUCCACCUGCUACUUCUACCGAGCCAUCUGUUAUCUUAUCAAAAAGUGAUUCUGACAAGAGCUCCUCCCAAGUGCCGCCAACUCUACAAGAGACAGAUAAAUCCAAGUCAAAUACCAAGCAAAAUAGUGUGCCUCCUUCACAGACCAAGUCUGAAACUAACUGGGAAUCUCCCAAACAAAUAAAAAAGAAGAAAAAAGCCAGACGAGAAACGUGAAAUUUUUUUUCCUGAAUUGGACAUGUGUUUGCAAACACUGUCUUGAAGAUUAUGCUGUUUAUGCAAUAAUUUGUGAACAUGUACAGAGUUUUAUAUAAAUUUAAACCAAUUUUUAAAACAAAACUGCGGACACAACCACCAUAAAAAUGGAAUCAAAAGAAAGUUAAUUUAUGAAAUUAAGAGGUCAGCAGAAUAUACUCAGUGAUGGAAGACACUUGGGAAAGUCUUUUUAAUUGAACAAGAACGAUCUUAAUUUAAGAAUAUUAUCUUGGUUUUACAGCAGUGCCCUGUUUACAACAGAUUGUGCCCUAUCUCAUCUGCAGCCGAGGAAUAAAGGAUUCUGAUUAGAAAGAGGGUUGCCUACAAAUUAGUAAGCAAUUCCUUGGAUCUUAUGCACAGAACUUGUACCAUUUGAAUCUGUUUUAUGCUUAAAUCAAAGUGCUUUGAUCAAAUACAUAACCUGCCAUAUCUUUACAUAUUUGUUGGUAGCAAUUUGUAUUAAAGAAAUCACAAGUGCAAAUAAAAAGUCAUUUAUCAUUUGUUUAACUAAACUGUCAUGGUUUAGUUUACAAUUUUUAAAAGUUCUUAAAAUACCGAAAAUGCAGUUGACACUUGUAUGGCUUAUGAAGUUAUUUUUGAUAGUCUUACAUUACUUGAAUUGUUCAAAGUACAGUAUAUUUUAAAUUAAGAAAAGUGAACUAUAUGUAUUUGUUUUAUACAUUUAAGGCUUAGACUCAUAAAUAAUGCUAUUGUUUAUGAUUUGAAAACUUUCAGGCAAAAUCCAAUUUACAUUUUUCCUUUCCCUAGCAAUUACUUUUUUCCAGCUUCAACACUUCUUAGUUACUAAUACUUUUUUGACUUUAAAAAUGAAAUCAUUCACAAACUUUUGGUAUAUGAUGGAGAAUGAAAAACUAGAGUCAGACAGCUUUAAUUGACAUUGUCAAGACCUCCAGUUAUCAGGAAUACAUUUUUUUACUGCCUUAACCUGUAGUGCGUAGAAUAUGCAUCAAUUUCUUGAAGGGGAUUCAUGUUUUUAUAAGAAUUUUCAUGUAAUUAUUGCAAUUGUGGUCAAAUAAGGAACGUUUCCUGCUUGAAAUUAUAUUGAUUUAAAUGAUGCGUGAGAUGUUUCACCAUUUUCAGGCACUGUGUAAUUCUAUUGUAAUAAACUGGCAGGUAUCUUUGUAACUAUAAAUAGUGCAUGCUCAGCCAUGUACACUGUAAAUAGCCUUUACCAAACGUGUUUGACAAGGACCAUAAUUAACAUCACUUAGUGAAUUGUGAUAAAGAAAAACAAGCCAUGAUUUAUUCGAUGUGAUUGGCUUAAUUGUUUUUAUGUGGCGCCAAGAAUGAACCUGUUUAACAGCUGUAACCAAUGGUACUGAUCUAUCCAUCCAAUGUUGUCAUUAUAUUUGAUUGUGGUUCAAUAGUAUUGCAUUGUCAGACUAGGAAAGCUAAACAAACAAAAUGGUUUUAGUUUUGCUGAAGACUGGCCUUAUUAAUGGACAGCUUUCCUAACAAGAGAUUAUUAACUUUUAUCAGGUGUUAACAUCUGUUUCAGGAACAUGGCAGUAUGUUUACAUGUCAGAAGUUUUGUUUAAUUCUAUGGUAUUUCUAAAUUGACUUGUUUAAAUAAAUUCAGCAAAUGGAUAGCACUGUUUUUUAUUUGCUUCAAUAUGGGGGUAGGUAAUAGCUAAAGUGCCAAGGAUGGAUUUCUUCAAAUGACUUUAUUCUGUUAGCUUUACAUAGGUGUUGGAGGAUUCCGAAGGUGUCAGCACUUUGUAAAGGUACCACAAAGGAGAAUUUGAUAGGGAAUCUAAUUUUAGAAUGUGCCAAAUGGUCUAUGCUCAACAAUUUAAUUGAACUCUCUCAACUCUACCUCACCAUUUCUUUAUCUUAAAAUUCUGUUGGCUAUGUCAAACAUUGGACUUUAUUUUUUCAGCCUAGUAUCUCCCCAUUCUACCACCUAUGCCAGAUGUUAAAGACACCAGAUGUUUUGAGGAGAAAGGUGUUGUGGAGAUGCAGAGAUGCACUGCUAAGUUGAGGUGGAUCCAGUAUAGAGAUACCUCUAUGAAUUCUUUCUGGCUCAAGAGCUAGGACUUGGGUUUUGUUUUAAGAGAUGGCAGCUGACUGGGUGCAAUGGCUCACGUCUGUAGUCCCAGCACUUUGGGAGGCCAAGGCAGGUGGAUCACGAGGUCAGGAGUUCAAGACUAGCCUGGCCAAGAGGGUGAAACCCCAUCUCUACUAAAAAUACAAAAAAAAUUAGCUGGGCAUGGUGGUGGGCCCCUGUAAUCCCAGCUAUUCAGGAGGCUAAGGCAGAGAAUCAUUUGAACCCAGGAGGCGGAGGUUGCAAAGCCAAGAUCGUGCCCCACUGCACUCCAGCCUGGGCAACAGAGCAACACUCCGUCUCAAAAAAAAAAAAAGACGGCAGCUAUAUAAACGAUAAAAUUAAUUACAUUCUCUUUCACAUGCAUGAGGUGCAAACUCUGUCACAAAGUAUUUUAAUUACCCUUUACCUUGUUUCAUAGAUCUUUAUGUGACAUAAAAACUGUUUCUGGGCCAGGCGCAGUGGUUCACGCCUGUAAUCCUAACACUUUGGGAGGCCGAGGCAGGUGGAUCACCUGAGGUCAGGAGUUUGAGACUAGCCUGGCCAAUAUGGUGAAACCCCAUCUCUAAUAAAAAUGCAAAAAUUAGAUGGGCAUGGUAGCCGGUGCCUGUAAUCCCACCUACUCGGGAGGCUGAGGCAGAGAAUCGCUUGAAUCCAGGGCAGUGGUGGAGGUUGCAGUGAGCCGAGAUCGCGCCACUGCACUCCAGCAUAAAAGACAGCGAGACUCGGUCUCAAGAAGAAAAAAAAAAAAAAAAAAAAAGUUUCUGGCACCUGAACAGGAACUAGUUUACAUCAUCAACUCAGAAAGCACUAAAAUCUAGGUGGUGAUUCAGGGAGGAGCAGGGGAAGAGAGCCUAUUCUAUGGCGGCAUGAAUAAAAUGCUUCCAGAACUAGUAGGGAAAUAAGUAACCUCUUCAGGCUUUAUCAGGACUGGAGGGGAACCUUGCUCAUGUUAGCAAGCAAGGUGUCCUAGAGAAGCCACUCAAAAGGCUCCCUAAUCCAGCCUGUCUCCACAUACAUACUGAAAAUUCUUCCCUACUCUGAGGCAGGGUGUAGUGGUUUAGGGGUUUCUCCAGACUGGAAUCCUACCUAUCUGCACCCACAAUUGAGCAAAACACCAGUUGAGAGAGUCCAAAAAAAAAAAGUAUUAAAAUGUGAUUGAUGUAAUUUACCAUGUUUACUUUGUGCAUGCAUUUUAUUGGGGAGGGGAAGUCAGAAUGAUUCACCCAAAUCUAAUGGUCUUAUUUCAUAGGCUAAUCUGGUUUAUAUUUGCAUUACAGAUACUGGAGGGCAAUAUUUAACUACAGAGUUUAGUUUUUCUUAAUUAAAAACAGUCCUCUAUUAAUAUAGUGUGAAAUAUCUUUCAAAAUGUAGAGUUUAGGUUUAAGAUGUCUACUAGAUAUCUUACGAUUUUCCUGUAAACUCAUUGCACAAACUGGAAUAACUUUCCAAAAGACUUAGGGAAUGCAAAUAUGUUAUUUGUAAGAUGCAUUGAGUAUUGUAAAUAAAACAAACCGUUUUUGAUUUGUUUAAAUUGCUCGUUACAGUUCUCUUGUGGGAAGGGACUUCGUCAGUCAUUUUGCAUCUUAAGCUAGUCUAAACUUUUUGUUGUUGUUGUUUUCCUAAAACCAUAGGUGCAAGCUUUACCACUGGGAAGUCAUAUUGAAUUAAGCACUUUAGAAAAUGUCACUGUUUGUGACACACAAUGUUCUCUACAGAAAACAACUUCUAUCUUAUGUCAUUUUAGCAGAUGUAACUGCCUUCCACCAGGUGCAAUAUAUCAGUUGCAUCAGCCUUUCAGUUAAGGAAAUUAAAACUUGGCAUUAUGCGUUAGUUUGUAUGUAUGGGUUUGGCUGUAUCCCCAAACAAUAAUUGCUUGUACAAGAUAGAAGUUUGUCUCUCAGCUGGGCAUGGUGACUCAUGACUGUAAUCUAAGCUCUUUGAGAGGCUGACACAGGAGGAUUGCUUGAGCCCAGGAGUUUGAAACCAGCCUGAGCAAUAUAGUGAGACCCUGAUCUCGACCAAAAAAAAAAAAAAGAAUUAAAAAACAAAAAAAGAUUGUUUCUCUUUCAUAUAAAAGUUUGGGAAGGCAAUCCAGAGCCCAUAUGACAUUAUGCAGGGUCAGGGAUCCAGGUUUUUUAUAUUGUUCCUCCCCAUUCUCAACCUGUGGUGUUGUGUUUUGUUUUGUUUUGUUUUUCUCCUUUUAAUGAGAUAGGGUCUCACUCUGUUGCCCAGGCUGGAGUGCAGUGGCACAGUUCUAGCUCACUUCAGCCUGGAACUCCUGGACUCAAGCUAUAUUCUCCCACUUUAGCCUCAGCCUCCAGAGUACCUGGGACUACAGGUACACACCACCAUGCCUGGCUAAAAAUUUUUUUUCUUUUUUUUUGUAGAGAUGAGGUCAUUGCUAUGUUGCCCAGGCUGGCCUUGAACUCCUGGGCUUAAGUGACCCUCCUGCCUUGGCCUCCCAAAGUGCUAGGAUUACAGGUGUGAGCCACCGCACCUGGCCAACAUGUGGCUUUCAAUUCUUACUUGAAGACAGCUGUUCUAGCUAGAAACUUCCUGUCAGCAUUUGAGCCAGCUAGUAGAGGGCAUUACCACCCCCACCCCCAAGAACACUUCCUAGAAGUUACACACAAUACAUAAACUUAAAUUUCAAACAGUUGCUUGGUCCUACUAGCCAUGAGGCUGAAUGGGACAUCGUACUCUGUCUGGGUUGUCAUGGGCCAAAUUGAUAUUUUGGGAUUCUGUUACUAAGGAAGAAGAGAAUUGGAUAAUGGGCACCUCUAACAGUGUCUGUCAGAGUUGACAUACAUUGUGUAUCUCCUGCACCAAAGCAUUUUUGAGGUCAAGUGUUCUUCCGGCUGAGCAGAAAUUUGGAAGGCUGUUGAGUGCUACUUAGUGUAGCAGCUGAUAAUGUUCCAACUUCUAUAUGAUGGUUGUUUUUGUUUUUGUUUCUAGAGACAGGGUCUCACUGUUGCCCAGGCUGGUCUCCAAUUCCUGGGCUCAGGCAGUCCUCCCACCUCCUAAAUGCUGGGAUUGCAGGCAUGACCCACUGUGCCCAGUCUAUAUAUAAUAGAUUUUAGAAGAAAUUUCUGCCACUCAAUGACUGCUUUAAAUUCUAGAGACAGAGCAGCUGAGAGAAGCUUAGUAGCCUGCCUGCGCAUACUGUAAGUACAGAUUAUAUAACAAGUUGAAAGAGAAUCACCCUGGUAUAUAAUCUUUUAAAACAUGAAAAAGGCAUUACCAUUGUUCUGGUCUAAGUACUCUUAACAGGACAAUGAUUUCUAACCCUAGCAUCACGACAUGUAUAUAGUGUGUUGUAAGAUGUUUGCCAGCUAAUAGUUACAGUACUGAAGUUUGUGAAUAAGUUACCUGAGAAAACUUUAAGCAGGUUCAAGGUUAUCCCAUGAUAGUAGCAUUCUUAUUUGUACAUAUGUGCUUUCCUUUUUUAUUUGUAUCAAGGCAUUUAAAAGGAAUAUAUGUAACAUGUACCUAAGUUUUAAAGCAUAAUAAAAUGAACACGUCUGAAAACACCA